AUGACAUCAACUCUCGAAAAUAAAAGAGGCUCAAACUCUCGACAUACGCAGCCCGUCGCUGCCGUCCCCGCCAUCUACGACGUCUUCUUUGCAUCUUGUCUCAUAGAAGUCGCCGCCACCGAUGAACCCGCACCUCCACCGGUUGAACUCUGCACAAGCUCACUAGCAGAUCCAUCAUCAGUCAUCUGCUCCACCACCGGCAAGACUGUCGCCGUCACAGUCUCAUUCAGCUACGUUGACAUUGCUGCCACAGCUCGCCGUCGUCACGAACCGAGCCACCAUCAAGAACCUGCUACGCCGCCUACACAGUCGAGCCACCAUCAGCAACCUGCUCCGCCGCCAGCAGGCCCGACACGGUCUAGCGCCGCCACAAGCUCAGUCGGUCACGGGUUGAACUGA